UUAAGGUGGUCUGAUGACUCGGACGGGGUGAGCUCGCGUGUAACAGUUGUUAUUUGUGACGUUUAACGGGGAGUUCCGGUUCCACCUUAAAGCGCAGACGCGUUCCUAACAGCGUCCGGAGGAACGUCUCGAGCUCAAAUAUGAAUUAUUCUGAAGCCAAAUAUGAAUUAAAGAAGCUGCUGAACAAAGUGAAGCCAGGUGACGUCAGCCGACUGGUUACGUGGCUCCGGAGCUCAGACGAGUUGGAUGAGUUUCUGUCCAACAACCAGACAACGAUUCUGCAGAACAUCGCUGAAGACCUGAGAGGGAGUCUUCCUCCGGACGCCAUGUUGUCCUCUGAGAAUACUGCUCACAACAAGAUACAGCAGUGUUCCCGGCCCACGGUCCAUGUUGACGGUUUCCUGUAUGAUGAAGAUCAGGUGGACGCUCUGUGUGACGAGGGAACCAUGAGCCGGUCGUACUGUCUCACCUGUGGAUCCCACAGAACUGCCCCUCUGGACUUCAUCUCUCACUCGUUUUCGAUAUCAGAGCUUCAGUUCCUGUUUGAGAACGUUCUUCCAGACCUGAGCGGCCGGCUGCUGGUCGACGUGGGCUCCAGACUAGGAGCUGUUCUGUACGCGGGUCACGUUUUCAGUUCGGCCUCUCGGCUGGUUGGUUUGGAGAUCAGUGAGGAGUUUGUCAAACUGCAGAAAAACAUCCUCCAGAAAUACAACUUCAUGGAUCGAAUACAGGUUCUCCACACUGACGUCCUCCUGCAGAAUGUUCUGCUGCAGAACGCAGACGUUCUCAUCAUGAACAACGUCUUCGAGUUCUUCAUGGAACCCAGUGAACAAAGCGUGGAGGUUCAUCAUGGAGAACUUCAGGAAGAAAGGGUCUCUGCUGAUCUCCGUCCCCGGUCUGCAGGAGAGUCUGAACAGUCUGCAGCAGGAACCUCUGCAGCCCGGCUGGGUGGAGGAACUUCCUGUGGACUACGACGUGUACCUGGGCAGGGACACGGACCCGGACGCUCUGAGACAGAUCCACCUGUACAGGGUCAUCUGAUCCGGACCAGAUGUCUGAACCUGCUGGUAUACUCGGCUCUGAUUGGCUGCUGCUCCUCUCUAUCUAAACUAAUGCUAAUCCUUGAGGACCUGGUCCUCUAAGCACCACAGGGAGACACUGUCUGAACCUACUGGCUGUAGACCCAUCCACACUGGUCCUUGCUGGUCCACACUGGUCCUUGCUGGUCCACACCGGUCAAGACUGGUCCACACCGGUCAAGACUGGUCCACACUGGUCCUUGCUGGUCCACACCGGUCAAGACUGGCUAAUGUCCGCCGUUCAGUUUAUGCUUUGAAGGGAAAGACCAGACUAAAGUGAAGCUCCAGAGAGGAAGAUAGUUAAGAUAAGUUAAAGAUAGUUAAAAUAGUUAAGGUUAAGAUGGUAAACAUAGUUAAGUUUAAGAUAGAUAAAGAUAGGUAAGAUAGUUAAGUUAAGAUAGCUUAAGAUAGUUACGUUAAGAUGGUUUAAUACAGGUGAAUAUAGUAGUUAGGAUGGUUUAAGAUAGUUAGAUUGUUGCUGAUUUUAUGGAUGAAAAGGCAGUUCUGUGAGAAGUUCCCCAGUAAAGUCUGCCAUGAAAUGAUAAAAUAUAAGUAUUUUUCUGAUUAAAGAUGAAAUAAAACAUUAAUUUGUGUAGUUUCGUUGAAACUCAGUUCUUAGUUCCAUCUGGUGUCUGUGUUGGAAACAGGAAGUCAAUCAUUUGACAUUUAUUUAUUUGGUAAUUUUAGUUUUAUUCCGAACAUCUCUGUAUUUGAUUUGAUUAUUAUCAUUAUGAUUAUUAUUAAUAAGAGGAUAAGCGGUAUUGAAAAUGGA